UCUUCCCAGAAGUCGGUGCCGUGGGUGCCCAUCGUGCAGUCACUGCCUCUUUGGGCCAUUGUGGUUGCACAUUUUUCCUACAACUGGACUUUUUACACUCUGCUGACACUGUUGCCUACUUACAUGAAGGAGAUCCUGAGGUUCAACAUCCAAGAGAAUGGGUUUUUAUCUGCAAUGCCUUAUUUGGGCUGUUGGUUAUGUAUGAUCCUGUCCGGCCUAGCUGCUGACAAUUUAAGGGAAAAGUGGAAUUUUUCAACUGUGUGUGUUCGCAGAAUUUUUAGCCUUAUAGGCAUGAUCGGGCCUGCCAUGUUCCUGGUCGCUGCUGGAUUUAUAGGCUGUGAUUACUCCUUGGCUGUGGCUUUCCUGACCAUAUCAACCACGCUGGGAGGCUUCUGCUCAUCUGGAUUUAGUAUCAACCACCUGGAUAUUGCUCCUUCGUACGCUGGCAUCCUCCUGGGCAUCACGAACACAUUUGCCACCGUUCCGGGAAUGGUCGGGCCCGUCGUCGCCAAAAGCCUGACCCCCAAUAACACUGUUGGAGAAUGGCAAACCGUGUUCUGCAUCGUGGCCGCUAUUGACGUAUUCGGUGCCAUCUUCUUCACACUUUUUGCCAAAGGGGAAGUGCAGGCUUGGGCUCUCAGCGACCACCAUGGACACCGACACUGAUGGCAGCACAGCAGGCCUGUCUCAGCCAUGCGUUUUUAUUUAUCACGCAGCCUAGAAGUGCCUUUGGUGUUUUCCUGUGUACGCAUUCUAUAUUUAAAAAUGGUAUGAAAUCUUUCAGGCUUAUAGUCAUGAAAUGCCACUAGUUGCCAGAUGAAUGCAAUUACCUGUUUUCGAUGAUUAACCACACAUGAAUGUACUGGAACUGAGACUUCAGAUUCACAUGGUGACCGUGGUCAGAUGCCAUGAAGUUGGGAAGCUCUGAUCUUAAGGUGCAUCCUUCAGGAUCUGAACUGAAAUGGACCCUACUGCCUUUGUCCAAUUCAACUAGAUAGUUCUCAGAUAUUGGUACGCACCCAUUUUUGUCCACAUUCCUCAUCAAAAUUAUUUUUGAGCUCUGAUGCUUAGGCCUCCAGUGUCGGGUCUCCGCAGGGCUGCCCGUGCUGUGUUGUUUGAGCUGGUGGCUGGGCAGAGGGUUGUGGCCUGGGAACUGCCCAUCGCCCCGCCCAGCCUCAAGGGGAGUGUCUACACCCGGGGUUAGAGUCCCGCUUCGACCAUGUUCUUCCUACAGGCUCCCGGCGCUCAGAUGAGGCCCUGGGUGGGCACUGAGGUCUCUGCUGUGGUCUCCCUGUGUCUUCAGACUUUCCUGCCCAGCACGGAGGAAUACUGACCUGGGCCCAGUCGCUAACGACACCAUCCUUGCUUAAAACUACUUUGUUCCCUUCCCCCUUCCCACCCCCUGUCCCAUGGCCCCCCCUCCUGCGGGCCUGAGUCUACAUUUCCACCGUCUGUGCUUUCCAAACUGUACCAUUUGCUUAAAUUUAGCUCAUGCUGUGUUCAGUCUGCCUUCACGUAAGCUUUUGGCUGCAUUUCAGAGUUAAGGUGGCUUUCAGAGACCACAUCCCGGAGACCUGGGAGACCUGGGUAAUCGUGUUUGCUGCUGGUUCCCGAAAUCCUGUUUUUCCUGUUUCUCCCUGAACCUGCUCUGGGACAUCUGUGUGAUUUGAAACUUGGUUUAAGUCUUGCUGUCUUGCUCAACACUACCUGUAUGUGACAUUUCAACUCAGACUGCUUACUGUAAUAUGAUGUGAAUACACUUAUAUAAAUUUAUUUUUAAAUCUGUAAAUAGCUUUAAGCUGCUAUGGCGAUAUUUCUUUUAUAAAUCAUCAAAAUAAACCUUUGUGAAUUUA